GCAGCUGCCACUAAAUAGAGCGAGUACUCUCACUUUUAACGAGGAGGGCUUCUCUGGUCAGUUUUGCAUAUAUCGCAAUCAAACCAAUCAGUAAUCCCUCCGAAGAAUCCACUUUAACAGCCAGCCAGGGCACAGCAGGAGAAAAAAAAAAGUCGUCAUGAUUUAGGAGAGUAUCGCUUGCUUUAAAUCCUUGUAAUGCCAAUGCUGUUCUACAGAUGCUAGUACUGCUCGUGUGUGUCUUGCCAGGUUUAAGGAUAUGCACAGCAUAAAACUGAGGCAGUACGGUGAACCUGUUAUAUAAGAGAAGGGUCGCGUAAUCUUGCAUGGUUUUUCUUCUUACUUUUAACAGAAGGGAUUACGUCUGCUUGAACGUCAUUAACAAGGAGUUUCGAAAACAGGAGUUGUAUUUGUGUCUUCUUUUUUGUAUUGCCUUGGACUUGUUUAGUGGGAAAUGUCAGCGCCAGCAGCUGGGAGAGGAACAAGUCUGGGAAAAGGGCGAGGAAAUGAGAACUAACUGACAGGAUGCAGGCGACCUGAGGCACAAAAAGAAGAAUAUCUGUAACGCUGAGACAAUUUUGCUCCUUUCCUUGCUCGAGCCAAGCAGGGAGAAUAUAAAUCAAAGAUCCUGCGGAGUUUAUUUUUCUUUUUUUUUUAGUAUAACACCAUGAGGAUGCAUUGUGGAUUAGUGUUGCACUUUUUAGCUGGGAUCAUCAUAGCCAAAGCUUCAAAAAACGAUAAGUGUGGCGGCAAUAUACACAUUUCAAACCCUGAUUAUCUAACUUCCCCUGGAUACCCAAACUCGUAUUUUCCCUAUCAGAACUGUGUGUGGGUAAUACAGGCUCCAGAACCAUACCACAGGAUUUUGAUCAACUUCAACCCUCAUUUUGAUCUGGAGGACAGGGAAUGCAAGUAUGAUUAUGUAGAGGUCCGGGAUGGGGGUGAUGAGAAUGCCCCACUGGUGGGGAAGCACUGUGGGAAGAUCGCCCCCUCUCCAGUGCUGUCCACAACCUCAUUGCUCUUCAUCAAGUUUGUGUCCGACUAUGAAACACAUGGGGCUGGCUUCUCUAUCCGCUAUGAAGUCUUCAAAACUGGACCUGAAUGUUCCAGAAACUUCACAACAACAAGCGGAGUGAUCAAAUCCCCAGGAUUCCCUGAGAAGUACCCCAACAAUCUGGAUUGCACUUACAUGAUCUUUGCACCCAAGAUGGCAGAGAUCAUUGUUGAGUUUGAGAGCUUUGAGCUGGAGCCUGACACCACCCCUCCCACCGGAGUGUUCUGCCGUUACGAUCGACUGGAAAUCUGGGAUGGCUUCCCUGGAGUUGGUCCCCACGUAGGACGGUUCUGUGGACAGAACACACCUGGUCGAUUCCGAACCUCUACUGGAAUCCUUGCCAUGACCCUGAUGACCGACAAUGCCAUAGCAAAGGAAGGCUUCUCUGCAAACUUCACCGUCAUUGAGAAGACUGUACCAGAAGAUUUCGAUUGUCUGGAACCACUGGGGAUGGAAUCUGGUGAGAUUACCUCAGAUCAGAUCAUGUGCUCCUCCCAGUACAACGCAAACUGGUCCGCAGAGAAAUCCAGACUGAACUACAUUGAAAACGCAUGGACCCCUGCAGAAGACUCCAGUAAAGAAUUUAUACAGGUGGACCUGGGGUUUCUGCGUUUCGUCUCUGCCAUUGGAACUCAAGGGGCCGUCUCAAAAGUAACGUCAAAAGUUUACUACGUGAAAAGCUACAAAGUGGAUGUGAGCUCCAAUGGGGAAGACUGGAUUACUCUGAAGGAAGGCUCUAAGCAAAAGAUUUUCCAGGGGAACACAAAUCAUGUAGAUGUUGUCAAGACUCCUCUUCCAAAACCCACCCUGACUCGCUUCAUCCGCAUUCGGCCGACAACGUGGGAGAACGGGAUAGCACUGCGUUUCGAGGUGUACGGCUGUAAAAUCUCUGAGUACCCCUGCUCUGGAAUGCUGGGAAUGGUGUCGGGUCUCAUCACAGAUGGCCACAUCACAGCCUCCAACUUUGCUGACCGGAACUGGGUCCCCGAGAACGCCCGUCUCCUGACCAGCCGGUCUGGCUGGGUGCUGCAGCCGCAGGCUUUACCGUACACCAAGGAGUGGCUGCAGAUGGACCUGGCCAAGGAGAAGCUGGUGCGGGGGCUCAUCAUCCAGGGAGGCAAGCACAGGGAGAACAAGGUCUUCAUGAGGAAGUUCAGGAUCGGCUACAGCAACAACGGCUCAGACUGGAAGAUGAUCAUGGAUGCUAGUGGAAAUAAGCCCAAGACAUUUGAAGGUAAUACCAACUACGACACCCCCGAGCUGAGAACGUUUGAGCCACUGUUGACAAGGUUCAUCCGGGUUUACCCAGAACGGGCUGCAUCCUCGGGGCUGGGACUGAGAAUGGAGCUCCUUGGUUGCGAGAUUGAAGCUCCCACUUCGGUUCCCACCACCACGGCGAUAAGCCUGACGGACGAGUGUGAUGACGACCAGGCAAACUGUCACAGUGGCACAGGUGAUGACUACGACUUGCCAGGUGGUGGAGCUGUGCAGAUCACAGAUGAGCCAACAGGUGGGGAUACCUCAAAACUUCCAGACACGAACAUUCAUUGGUUCAAUUGUGACUUUGGCUGGGGUGCAGACCAGACUAUGUGCGGCUGGCAGCAGGAAGGGAAGUGGAGGCUGCAGUCAAGUGGGAAACCAACCAGCAACACUGGGCCAAAUCAGGACCAUACAGGAGACGGUGGUAACUUCAUCUCCGCUCUGGCGAAUGGGAAGCCGGAGAAUGAAGUGGCACGGCUGCUGAGCCCCACCGUGCUUCCCCAGAGCUCCAAUCUCUGCAUGUCCUUCUGGUAUCACAUGUUCGGCUCUCACAUCGGCCGCCUGAGGAUCAAACAGAGGGAGCAAACCGCAGAAGGCCCCAUGGAAAUCAUUCUGUGGACCGUCAGCGGGCAUCAGGGCAGCCGCUGGAGAGAGGGCCGGCUCGUGAUUCCUCAGAGCCCACACGCUUAUCAGGUUGUGAUGGAAGCUGUAAUUGAAAACAGCAGCUGGGGAGACAUCGCGCUGGAUGAUGUGAACAUAUUGGAUGACAUGCAUAUGGGAGAUUGCAGGGAUCCAGAAAUUCCAACAGAAUAUCCAGACACUGGAAACUCCAUUGAUGAUAUUGACCUUACACCGGAGUAUGAGUAUCCUGACAACAGUAGUGAAAAUGAAGAGAUCCAAGGGAAUAUGCUAAAAACCCUGGACCCCAUUCUCAUUACUAUCAUCGCCAUGAGCGCUCUAGGGGUCUUUCUCGGGGCCAUCUGCGGAGUCGUCCUUUACUGUGCCUGUUCCCAUGGCGGAAUGGCAGAAAGGAACUUGUCAGCUCUGGAGAACUAUAAUUUUGAACUUGUAGAUGGAGUCAAACUCAAAAAAGACAAACUCAACUCACAGAAUUCAUAUUCAGAGGCAUGAGAGAAGACAUGGAGACAAAUGAGCCCCAGGAUUUAAACAAGGCGAAUGGGAACUGCUUUUAUCUUUCGAGAAGAAAGAGGAUUGUAGGGACUGCGACUGAGCCAAGCUUUUCUCAGGAGCUGCAGUGAAAGAAGCCUACAAAACAGGGACACUGUGUAUAGAAAUGAAAGAUGUACAGCCAGAUUAUUAUUAAUAUUAUUGUUAUUUGUAUUAUUUUUUUCAUUUUCAUUUUUAAUAAUCAUAUGCUGGUGUUGAGACCAAUUAAGACAAUGUUACAAGUAUUUAUCAUUUUCUUGAAGGAGAUGUUUUAUUAUAUAUAUAUAUUUUUUUUAAUUAAAAAAUGUAAAAUACCAAAAUGAACCAUCCUGACAAACAUGUACUAUUAUCCUUCCGAAGGACAUACAGCACAGUAAUGUACAAUACAGUACAACCCCAGGUCACUGUCUCUGACAAGGGUCUGACUGAUGUAUAGUUCCUGCAGGGCCUUUAUUACAUGCUUGUUGGUUUCUGUAGUUUAUUUUGGAGUUUUACAUCCCUUUUCAAUUAAAACCAAUUUGCUAGCAAAAUAAAUAAGAGUAUUGUGGUUGAGGCAAAACAAAAGCGACUGCUUCCCCUAAGGUUUUGACAUGACUCACGUAUUGUAUAUAAGUUUAAUAUAUUUUAUUGCCCUUUUUAAAAAAAGCUGCAGUAUCCCUUUCUUUGGUUUUGUGUGUAUAGUGUGAAAUACAACCAGACAAGUGCUUUGCUGACAAUCUGCUGUAACGUGAUCAGUGGUCUAGCUAGGGUGGGGGAGGGGGAGGGACGCUGUGCCUCUCUGUUUGCUCCAGUCCAAGGCUGGUUUCUUGCAGCCAUGUUAUUAAAGGCGUGCAGACUUAUAUCACUUCCCUGAAACCUUUGAAGCAUGCAUCCUCUUUCACAGCGACGCCUUCACCCCAUACAGGGAAUAAAAGUGAAGCAUCUUUGAAGGAAUUGGCUCAGAGACAAAGCAGAGCAAUAGCAGUGCCCUCGCUCCUUCCCAACAAGUACCAUGGAUCCAAUCUACAAAUCACAACGCAAGCAGAUCAGGCUUUGGUUUUAAGUUUUACAUGAAGGACGGCCUCGACCAGAGCACAGCAUGCCCACAUGAUCCAGUCCAGCUUCAAGUUUAAAAUCAAUAAGAAUGAUCACAGUGAAGAAAGGCAUGCUAAAGGUUAAAAAGGGCUAUGCAUUUCCAUGACAUCCAGCAGGAUAACAAAAUGUAAAGACACUUUGGUUAAGUAGGUGUGCAGUGCACGCUACACGAUAGAAUGCUAAUGCAUUUGGUUGUAUUUUCAGUGGUAAAAAUGGUGAGAAAUGUGUGGGUGCUUUGCAUGUAUGUGAUUUAAAAAUAGACCACAUUAAAACUUUAGCAGCAAACACAUUAGUAAACGCUUUUUUUUUUUUUUAGCAGUAAAAGCAAAACUGGUUUCAAACUAGCUCUCAUAAUAGGACAUCCAUAGCUGUGAAGGUAAUAGAAAUAAGUAAGGUUUUGAACUGUGAAGCACAGUUCUGCACGUUUCAUGUUUUAUUUUCUGUUGAAAAGAUACAGUAUACUGCGAUACAGCUGGCUCAUGUUUCUUGUUAAAUGUUUCUCUCAUGUGAAAUGUAGAAAUACACAAAGGAUACUGUAGCUUUAGAUAAAUAAAAAAACAAUCUUGCACUGAUAAAUAUAUUUAAGAAGUUUGUGUUUAUAAGGUUACUGAUUUGUAAAAACAGUGUUACAAAAUUCUUUUUACAUGGUUUCAGAUUAUGUGACAUAAUUUUGAAAUGUAAAAUAAAUAAGGUGUUUUCAUUAUUGAAAAAAGGUAUACAAAUUUCCUAUAGUAACAUAUUUCCAUUUAACUAGUACAUUAUUGCUUUACGUUUUGUACUGUCAUAAAACUUUUGUGCAGAUUUUUUUACCAAAACUUUAUUUUCAAUACUGCUUCUGUAAGUUGCUGUUGUAGCGAAGAACAGCAAGGCCUUAACUUUAUCUAAUGUUUGUACUCUUACACAUGGGACAGCCUUGAAAUCACAUGUAGCUGUUGUUAUCAUUUACGCUGAACUAUGACUACUACAUUCCAAAGAUUCCGCUGAAAUAAAUGUUUUGUAGAA